CUCCAGCUGGCGUGCCGCGCGCAUCGUUGCUACCUGAACACUGCCCACUGCUCGCGGUUCGGCUACGUCACAUAACGCCCGGCCUACCAGUUUCCGUGCUACAGCGCCGCGCCUUAUUGUUGCGUCACGAACGGACUCUGGAUUCGCGUUCUCUCCUCUUGCAGCUACGAUUUAGAUUGGAAAGCAAGAAGGCAGUGAAAAAUGGCUUUUGAUGACAUCUUCCCAUACUUGGGAGAAUUUGGCCGCUACCAGCGGCGUAUUUACUUUUUGCUGUGCCUGACAGCAAUUGUGAGUGCCCUCCAUAAGUUGGGAGGUGUCUUCCUUCAGGCGAAAGUGGACCACAGAUGUCAGUUGCCUUUUGAAAAUGAAACAGCUACAUAUCAGUUACCUCAAGGCGUAAUAAACAUGAGCUACCCUUGGGACAGUGAGCAACAAGCGUGGUCCUCAUGCAGGAGGCUUGAUGCCAACUUCAGUACGGAAUAUUUCAGCUCAAAUAUUCCUGCCAACCGCAGUGUGAGAUGCGAUUCCUGGGUCUACGACCACAGCAUUUACAAGAGCAGCACGAUUGUGGAGUGGGACUUAGUAUGUGACAGUGCCUGGCUACGUGCCACAGCAGACUCAAUGUUUAUGCUUGGUGACAUGAUAGGCUCGUUUGGAUUUGGUUUUCUUUCUGAUAGAUAUGGACGAAAACCGAUAUUUGUUAUUGCUUUGGUGCUACAGAUUCUUGGUGGAAUACUGGUAUCUGUUUCACCACAGUAUAUUUUCUUCAUGAUAUUCAGACUGGUUGUUGGCAUGACUGCUUCAGGAGUUUUCUUAAUUGGCUAUGUUAUUGCAAUGGAAAUGGUUGGACCAUCUAGGCGGCUUUUUGCUGGUGUGGCAUGUCAGUUUUUCUUCACGUUUGGAUAUGUACUGACAGCUUUGUUAGCUUACCUCAUACCAGAUUGGAGAAUGUUGCAAUUAGCAUUCACACUUCCAUCUGUAUUCUUUCUGUCCUACUGGUGGUUUGUUCCGGAGUCUACGCGCUGGCUUUUGUCCAAUGGAAGGAAAGAACAAGCACAGCAGCUUAUUGUAAAAGCUGCUAAAGUAAACAAAGUUAAAAUUCCUACUGAUGUUCUUGAUGGCCUGUUGUCUGAAGAAAAUGAGAAACCAUCGUCAGAGAAGAAACCAAUACCUGAGACUAAAGUAACAAAACCAUCAAUUUUGGACAUUAUGCGAUAUCCCAAUCUUCGUAAACGAUGUCUCAACAUAUUCUUCAACUGGUUUGUCAACAACAGUGCCUACUAUGGUCUUUCAUGGAACACAUCUAACCUGGCAGGAAACCAGUACUUAAAUUUCUUUAUUUCUGGUGCUGUAGAAGUUCCUGCAUAUACUUUUUUACUGUUCACCCUCAAUAAAUGGGGCCGAAAAUCAAUUCUGUGUUCUUGUAUGCUUCUGGGAGGAGUAUCUCUGCUAGCUGCUCUUGCUGUACCUGGAGAGAUGACAUGGUUACUGGUGACAUUUGCAAUGAUAGGCAAAAUGGCAGUAACUGCUUCAUAUGGUACAAUAUAUAUAUUUACAGCUGAACAGUUUCCCACAGUUGUACGAAAUGUUGCACUUGGUGCAAGUUCUACUUCAGCACGAGCUGGUGGAAUGACUGCACCAUUUAUCAACUUACUGGCUGAAUUCUGGCAACCUUUGCCCCUCUUGGUAUUUGGUGCUAUGAUUUCUGUUGGAGGCUUUCUGGCCCUCCUACUCCCAGAAACAUUAAAUAGAAAACUUCCUGACACCUUGGAAGAGGGAGAAGACUUUGGAAAGGAGAAUGAAGAAGAUCUGGAAGAUGUUGUGAAGAAAACUGGCUCUGUUAUUGUUAUAGCAUCAAAAUAAUAAGUACAAAUUCAACAGUAUUUUUCACUGCCAAACAAAUUUGUGUGAAUAUAUUUUUGUGUGUGCAGCAAUAUUUUUGUACAAACUAGUGUUUAGUGUUUUCAUAAAUCUGAGCUGUUGGACAUAUCUCAGAAUAUGUGAUGCAAGGAUAGUUAUUUGCAAGUAAAACUGUUUAUGCAAGUGACGAAAAACGUAUGGUCUAAUGUGGUGACAUUCAAAUACAUUACAACCACUUGUGUUUUGAAAGGGUCUGCUGUGAAUGUCUUUAAUUGGUUGUAAUGUAGAAACUCUUUGUACAAGAAAAUGAAUGUUGCUCUCCUUUCUAAGUUGCUCCACUACCAAUGAUAGUAUUUAUAAUAAAAUUAACUUUAUACUGCUUUUGUAUAUUCAUUGUAUAUAAUUGCCUUAUAUAAAGAAGACUUGUAAAUUGUUCUGUGUAUGUUUGCCUCUAUUUAUAUAUUUUUUACCCAGGCUUAUAAAAAGUACAGAAUGCUCAUGUGUGAUAUUAGAAAAUAAUUCAAUGUUGAUCCAAUAUCACGAUGUGUGAUACAUUUC